AAGACAAUGGACUUUGAGGAGUUCCAGAAUAUGAUGCUCAAGAAAGUUGAAGACGCUAAAUUUUCUAAAGAGAUUAUUACCGAUUUCAAGAAGUACGACUUGAACGGCGACGGUUUCAUUAGCCCCAACGAAUUGAGGGAGGUGAUCAGAGUCCGGGGGGAGCGUCUCUCUAACGCUGAGGUGGACGCCAUGAUGCAGACUGUCGACCUCAAUCAAGACGGGAAGGUUAAUUAUGAAGAAUUUGUGAAGGUGAUGGUUGCCUAGUGACUCGCAAACAACUUUGACAAUCAGAAGUCAUCGGUAGUUUCCGUCUGCGAAAUUAUGUUCCAGAUUUGAACGUUAUGGAUGGAUCACUGAAUGCUUGAUAUGGUCCAGCAUUGCAUUGUUAUUAAAUGGUGUUCAUAUAUAGGGAUGUAUGUCUGAAUGAUGGUAUACGUGCCUGCGUGGGAUAUCAUAAUACUACUCAACAGCUGAUAGCAAGGCAGGGAAGUAAUGCGUUUGGUGUAUCACGGAGUAAUAGCAAUCCUUAUCAAAAGUUGAGUAAUAUGUCCCACCUAAUUUCUCAAUGCCCGUAUUUAAUAUUGUUUGAAUUAACUUACAUUCAGCAUUCGAUAUCAAAACUGACAUUUAGUCCCAGAAAUAAAUUUAAAUAUACAUAUCUACACAAAAAAUGAAGCAAAUAGAAUCCAAAUGGAACCCUGACCAAUGCUUAAUUUUAGACCUAAGGCAAUCUAGACUUGAGUUGGAUUCAUUUUUUUUAAAUUUAUUCUCAAGGGUCUGGGCGACAGACCGGUCCGUUACCGCUCCACUCGGCUCACCUCACUCGCAUAUGUCACCUCGGCCAGUAUUGGAAGGAAUCCAUAUUGGAAAUGGAUUCACUAGUUUUACUAUUUCACGUGACUAUCAAAUUACACAUCACAAUCUGACGGCAGUCGGUACCCUCCUAUAGAUUUUGCUCGAUAUGAAAUCGUUUACCUAAUUUCUAUUGACAAUAAAGUAUGCUUUUCUCAAAAUACGACGCCCUGUUGUACGAACUAUUUGCGGAGGGAUCGGGCGGUAUGCGGUAUACAGUGAAAUCAGGCAAUAUCACUACUCCGUUACUGCACGAGGUGUUAUGCGGCUAACCAUAUUUAUAGUUUUUGUCAUUAUUUAUUUAAGUUUUUUCGCCCCAACCAACAAAAAGUGUCGUGCCAUUUUCGAAAUAUCAUAGUGUCAACGAGAAAAGAAACUCGCACCGUCAAUACUCGACGCGCUUGUAUGCACUGACUACAGCAACUAGCCAUUGAAUUAUUUACGACGAUGAACGCGUGACUGAAUCAUUUUGAAGACUUGUUUAAAUGUGUUUGUUUUCUCGAAACUCUACACACGCGUGCACUCCAUCACGUGAUGUCUCUUCGAAUAGAACAUCCUUUGGAUAACGGGACAUGUAAAUGACGGAAAGUUGAAGAAUAUAAAUAUCAUUCAGUGGCUAGAUUAACAUGAGUCCAUGACACUCUUCAUUUUCUUGUAGUUUGUCGUUUGUUUAUUUCUUCAGAGAGAAUGUGAUACACCAAUAAAAUAAUUCUAAUACAUGGA